AUGUCCGCAGGUUCAAGCCGUGCUUCCUCCAAUGAAGCUAGUCCCUAUGGAAGCCCUUCUAGAAAAUUUGAUUUGAUGAAGGCCUUACAACAAAUGCAACACCAACUUGAUGCCAUUAGCAAACGGCUGGACACGGAGGCAAAGGCCAAAGGAAAGCAACCUCAUGGUCAUGAUCAUGGUUCCGCCAAAAAGAAGCAAGAAUCUAGAAUCGUAAAUGUAUAUCUUCCCUUACCAAAGUUGCACUUGCCACCUAUGGAUCAAGGCCUUACACUACCAAAGUUGAACUUUCCUACUUUCACAGGGGAAGCCGAGCCAUCUAUUUUUUUAGAUUGGAUAGCUAAAGUAGAGCACAUUUUUGACUUGUAUAGUGUAGAAGGACAUUUGCGUGCAAAGUUAGUUUGUUUAGCUUUAGAGGGAUACGCCAAACAAUGGCUACGCAGGAGAAACUUAACCAUGACCUCACCCACGAGUACAUGGGAACAUUUCAGGGACAUUUUGUACGAACAUUUCGUACCUUCAUACUACCAUAGGGACCUCUUGAUUAAGCUCCAACGGCUUACUCAAGAUAGACAAAGUGUGAAGGAGUAUGCUCGUGAGCUCGAAGUGCUCCUACAUCGUACUAACCUUAAAGAAAAUAAUCAUGAAAAAAUAGUUAGAUUUAUUAGUGGACUUAAUAGCAACAUCCAAGAUAUAAUUGAAUUCCAUGAUGAUGAGACUUUAGAUGUAGUGGUUCAUAGAGCCAUGAAAGUAGAGAAGAAACUCUUGAAAAAAGAAGCUUAUCACAACAAAUUUUUCAAAUCUUCAAGAGAUGUUUUCUACAAAUCUUCAUCAUCAAAGGAUAAAACAACGGAUGUUUCUAAGGAGGCCAUUAACAAAGCUUCUUCUAACCAUUCCUCCUCCCCACCUAAAUCUCCUUCUAGACCAAGUCACAUUAAAUGUUUUAAGUGCUUAGGUCAUGGUCACAUUGCAUCUGCAUGCCUAAACAAGAGGGCAAUGUGCAUUCGAGGAGAAGAGGUUGUCACCGAUGACUCUCCUCCUUCUUCACCUUCACACAUUUCUCACUCUCCUUCCUCCUCUUGGGAAGAUGAGUACAAGGUUCCAUUUGAUGGCAACCUACUAGUUAUAAGACGUCUCUUGGGUCAAGUCCACAAGGACUGUGACACAACUCAAAGAGAAAAUAUUUUUCACACUAGAUGUCUUAUAGCUAGCAGGGUUUGCUCCAUGAUCAUAGACGAGGGAAGUUGCACUAAUGUGGCUAGCUCACGCAUAGUGGAAAAGCUCAAGCUACCCACUAUUGCGUAUGCCAAGCCUUACAAACUUCAAUGGUUAAGUGAGGAGGGUGAAAUCUUGGUAAAUAAGCAAGUCCAUAUUUCCUUUUCCAUUGGCAAAUACCAAGAUGAGGUUCUUUGUGAUGUUGUACCCAUGGAAGCAACUCAUAUUUUAUUAGGAAGACCAUGGCAAUUUGAUAGAAAUGUUCAACAUGAUGAUCUUACUAAUAGAAUGUCUUUUACUUACCAAGGGCACAAGGUUGUCUUAAAACCUCUAACUCCAAAAGAAAUACAUGAGGACCACCUCAUCAUGAAGUUCAAGAGAGGUGAAAAAAAGGAGAAGGUCAAGCUUAAUUGUCUCAUUUCUCAUAUAGAGGUUAACAUUUGA